AUGGCGCACCACCACAACCAUGCGCACCUUGUGCGACGACAGAGAGACGACGACGAUGAUAAUGGCAACGCUGUGGUCGUUACAACUGUAAAGGUUGUGACGGCACCCAACACCUACACCGUGCCUGUUACCUUCGUCGGUCCAGACGACGACAAUGGCCCAGCAAGGAUCACUCUCGGCCCGCCAGCACAGCGCCCAUUGCCGCCCAGCACUACCAGCGCUACCAGCAAGGGAGACACAAAGGGCUACGAGCCAAGCCAGAGCACCCUCAUGGUCGCGACCAAGCCGCCAACACCAAGUCUGGCCAACGCAGCUGGGACUCUUGCUGCCUCUGCCUCUGCUACUAUCUCGGCGGCUGCUUCGGCAGGCUCGUCAGAGGGCAUGUCUGGAGGAGCCAAGGCUGGUCUAGCUCUCGGUAUCUUGGUGGGAGUUGGUGCGCUCCUCGUGGGCAUUUUGCUUGUGUACCGCCGCAAGAAGAACCAGAUGGCUCCGACCAAGGACGACGAGAAGAUAUCCAUGCAUAACGCGCCCGCGCCACCGCCUCCCCAGGUGCAAUUCACUGCCGCUCCCGCAGCCCCAAGUGUACGGACUGAGCGCACCAUGUCCACCGCGCCCCGUCUUAGUCUGAGGCCUGUCACCCAAUUCGAUCCAGCUUUCGAGAACGGUAACAAGAGUGGAAACAACAUGCUGGGUGUCGCCGCCGCUGCACCUCUUACACCGUCCAAAGAGCGUGACCUUCCGGACCGCCCAAGAAGCGCUUGGGAGCGACCCGGAGCUGCUGCGAAUGUGCCAGCUGCUGAGAACCCAUUCAGCGAUCCCCACUCUGGUCCUCCUUCUGCCAAUCCGUUUGGAAACAAUGCCGCGGUCGAUGCUUCCCAGUCCAGGAUCCCAGAUUCGCCUCCCAACGCCUCUCCAUUGCACUCCACCUCGCCCAGCACCGACUUCGCCAACCCCGCCCCUGUCAUCGCUGCCGCAACUGCCAUGUCUUCUGCACCACCUGCCCAGAGCCUCCCUGCGCCACCUAGCAUCAACGCUGCUUCAGAGGGAGUACCUCCCAGCCCCGCUUGGACCGAAGAUCUGCCUGCAUCGCCUGGCCCUGCCCCUACCGGUGCUCUUCCUGUUGCUGGUGCUCAUUCCAACGGCCCUGCACCUGCUCCCAACAACGUCCAUCGCGUCCAGCUUGACUUCAAGCCGUCCAUGCAAGAUGAGCUCGGUCUCAACGCCGGUCAGCUCGUCAGGAUGCUGCACGAGUACGAUGACGGCUGGGCGCUCUGCAUUCGCAUGGACCGCUCCCAACAAGGUGUAGUUCCCCGUACUUGUCUGUCCAAGCACCCCGUCAAGCCUCGUGGUGGUCCACCUCGUCAAGCACCGCCCCCAGGUAUGCGCGGACCUCCCCUCCGCUCUCCCAUGGGCCCUGGCGGCGUUCCUCAACCUCGUCCGCUCUCGCCCGGCAGCGGACCCAACUCGCCUCAUCCAUCUGCCAACGGUCGCAUGUCCCCUUCUCCUCACGCCAUGAGCCCCGGACCUCGCCAGAUGUCCCCUCAGAUGCAAGGACCUCCUCGCGGCCGAUCCAACAGCAACGCACCACAGCAAGGCCCCCCUCGUGGACGCUCGAACAGCAACGCACCGUAUGCCGCUCCUCAGCGCUCAAUGUCUCCCGGCCCGUAUGGCGGCGGACCCCAGAUGGCUCCUCCCCCGCAGAUGGGCCGUCCCAGAUCGAACUCGGCAAACCAGGCUGGUAACAUGCGACGAGGCCCCGCUCCGGCGCUGAGUCCCAUGAAUCCCAACGCCGGUCCCAUCAACCCUGGCGCUGGUCCCAUGCCUUCGCGGAAACCCGUCCCUGGCAUGGCUUUGUGA